GGAGAUACAAAAGUGCUUACCGGAAGUAGACUUUUGUGAUCGAACACAUGUAGUUUCAUUUUCGGCUUUACUCGGACUGUCAGAAGAGUUGACGAGGAUGAAUUUUGCAUAAAAUAACGAGAAGAUAUACUUAAUCUUCAAUAAUGAGAGAUACACCAUUAUCAACAUGUGAGAGAACUUUUAUUAUCCAAGCUCUUGGAGAGAGAAAGAGGCUAGAUGGAAGACAACCAUAUGAUUACAGGAAACUUAAGAUCACUUUUGGUGCAGACCGAGGCUGUUGUAAAGUGAAUAUUGGGCAAACUCUAGUUCUGGCACAAGUUUCCUGUGAAAUAGCCUCUCCACGAGCCGUUCGACCAUCAGAUGGAAUUUUGUUUGUAAAUGUUGAGUUGUCACCCAUGGCAUCACCUGCCUUUGAAGCAGGCAGGAUGUCUGACCUGGGUGUAGAAAUUAACAGGCUGUUGGAACGCUGCCUGAGAGAGUCUAGAUGUGUCGACACAGAAUCCUUGUGUAUUAUCUCUGGGGAAAAGGUUUGGCAGAUUCGUGUGGAUGUGAAUGUUAUGAACCACGAUGGGAACAUUGUCGACUGCUGUAGUAUAGCGGCCAUUGCUGCCCUAGCACACUUCAGACGACCAGAUGUCUCCGUGGAUGGAAGUAAAGUCAUUGUGCAUCCCAGUGACGAGAAAGACCCCAUACCCCUCAGUGUUCACCACAUGCCAAUCUGUGUCACUUUUUCGUUCUACGAUCAAGGAAAAUUUCUGUUGGUGGAUCCCACAGACAAAGAAGAGAAAGUAAUGGAUGGAAAGAUGGUAAUAGGAAUGAAUAAACACAGAGAAAUCUGUACCCUGCAGGUGUCGGGAGAAAUGUUACUUCUGAAAGAUCAGGUGCUGAGAUGUUCCAACAUUGCUGUUGUAAAGGUGGCAGAAAUCACAGAACUGAUACAGACAGCUUUAGAAAAUGACAGACAGGCAAGACUGAAGGGAGAGAAAUUUGGUUUUGCUGAGUUAACACCAACAGAGAGCAUACUGACCACCCACAGGGAACCAGAGGAAAUUCAGACUACACAAACCCAAAUGGAGGAAGAAUCGGAGGAAGAGACUGACAUGAAUGGAGACUUAAACAUUGGAGAGAAACCUAAAGUCAAAAUUCUCGAAAAAGGCGUGGGGAUGAUUGGAGAGGGAGGGGUGAAUACCUGGGGGGUGGAGGAUGAAGACAUGACAGAAGAGUUACAGAAAGAGGCCAAGGUCACACAGAAAAUCCAAAGAGAAGUGGCUCAGACUACAGAUGACCAGUCUGCUGUGACGAAUGUCUGGAUUGUGGGAUCGUCCAUUGUAUAUUGGGCAGAGUCCCGAGCAAAGGUCCGCGGAAUUCACAAUUUGACGUACAACGAAACAGAGGUGGCCAUUUACUGGGACGGAAUGAGAGGAAUGAGAUGGGACUCGCUCAUGGUCAACCUCCAGAGAGACCUGGCUGUCUGGGACCUCCCCGAACCUGAUGUUUUAGUCAUUCACCUUGGCUCUAAUGAUGUUGCAUCAUGGGAUACUAAUGAAUUAAUUAACAGAAUGAAAGGUGAUCUUACGAAAGUGACAGAAAUGUUUCCUACAGCACAGCUGGUGUAUUCGGAGCUUCUGGCUCGCCGUGUGUGGAGGGGAAUGUCACUGCCGUGUGGAGAAGCAAAGAGACAGCAAAUCAACCGUGAAGUAGGUCAGUAUGUGACAGAAAUCGGCGGAAUUGUGAUGUCACACGACAACAUAAUACACCAGAAUGUCACGCUGUAUAUCAAAGAUGGGGUCCAUAUGAACGACUACGGUAAUGAUGUGUUGUUGGAGGACUUAAUGGAAUGUUUGUCUGGUGUGUUAGAGAAACCGUUAAAUGACAACAGGAAAGUUGGAGGAAUAGAGAACAAUGUCGCGGAGAUAGACGAGGUCAUUCUUACAGGUGCUGACCUCGACAUUUGUCAUGCUCUACCACUAAGUGAAGUUAACAAAAGAAGUGUGGAAGAUGGUUCACCUCACAUGGACCAGACAUUGGAUGAUUUUAUGGUAACCUUGGCGAUGAUAGUGAAGAGGAGGGAACUGUGAUGCUGAAUCUCGACGAGGUCCGCAGUGUGAAACCCCUCAG